GGUCCUUUUGCAGGUUUCCCGGCGCAUUUCUCAGCCUGGCGUCGCCGGGACCAUUCGUUGGCCGGCGAUAAAACCUGAAAACAUAUGGAAGCUGCGAGAAAAGCGGGGGGCACCUACCACUGGCGGCGACACGUGCUCCUCUCCUCUCCCCCUCCUCAUAGGAGUCUUUGAAGAGGGAGGGCAGGGCAGCUUGUGCAUCCCAUCGUCUUCCUCAUCUGGCGUCGGAGGGCACAGCCGUAGCCCCUGUGAGCCAUGACUCUGAGCUCAGAGAUGUCGGAUGCCUCCAUCCUUUCGGAAGAGACCGACAUAGACGUGGUCGGCGAGGGGGAGGAUGGAGAUAACCAGACGCGCUCCUUCGUGGACGACGUGGCCCAGAUGCGCGACGGCAUUCUGCUGGCCGGCUCUCCUCCUCCGUGCCUGGACAGCUCCACCUCCUCCAGGGAUGCCUACAAGCCGGCGGGCAAGAACACGCUGGUGAAGCCCCCUUAUUCCUACAUCGCCUUAAUCACCAUGGCCAUCCUGCAGAGUCCCAAAAAGCGGCUCACCCUCAGCGAGAUCUGCGACUUCAUCAGCAACCGCUUCCCAUAUUACAGGGAGAAGUUCCCCGCGUGGCAGAACUCCAUUAGACACAACUUGUCCCUCAACGACUGCUUCGUCAAGAUACCGAGGGAGCCUGGGAACCCCGGGAAGGGCAACUACUGGACCUUGGACCCGGAGUCGGCCGAUAUGUUCGACAACGGGAGCUUUCUGCGGCGCAGGAAGCGCUUCAAGCGGCAGCAGACGCAGGACUUGCUGCGGGAACACAGCGGCUUCCUCCCCGCCGGUGCCGCGUACGGCUACGGGCCGUACGGCUGCGGAGGAUACGGCAUCCAGCUGCAGUCGUACCACGCGCACUCCGCGCUUUUCGCCUUCCAGCAGCAGCAGCAGCAGCCGCCGCCGCCGCAGCAGCACUCCAGGCAUUCGCACACGGGCACCGUUAUCCCCGCGCCGUCUUUGAUGCCCACCACCACGGACUUAGCCAGGAGUCGCUUUUACCCUCAGCUCGGCUCCACUCUGGGCGCCGCCGCCGCGCAGAAGUCCGGCGCGGCGGCGCAGCGGUCCCCGUUCUCCAUAGAGAGCAUCAUCGGGGGGUCGGCGAGCCCCUCCAGGACUUCUCCCGUCGUUGUGCCGGUCUUAACGCCCUCUCUGGGACAUCCGGUGGCCGGCCAGCCGCACACGGUCCACGCGGGGGCUGUCCUACACCCGGUUGAAAACUUCCCGAGCAGAGUUGUGAGCGGCACUAGCAGCUGUUAAAUGUCUUAACCACGAACUUUUCAAGAAACUUAAAAAAGAAACAGCAACAAAAACAAAAACACCCCUCACUGAAGGUAGGAUUAUUUUUGUAUGUUUAUUUGAUAGCACGCAGCUGAAUGACGGACGUACGGACAAACACUAUUUGUGCCUAUAUUCAUGCUGUUUAAAAACUUAUAUUUAUGUUAAUUUCUUUCGGUGUAAAUCAGAUUCUUGAUCACGAACUCCCCCCUGUAUUUUCCAUGAAGUGAUUCGUUUCCGUCACUGUUUAGGGCGUCUCAGGAUAACUACCUAAUGAAGAGGUUUAAGUGAUCACAUGUUUAAAAAAAUAGGUUAAUAAUGUACUUGUGUCAAACACAUCCAUGUUUUUAUUAGCUUGGCGAAUCGAAACAUUGAAGGUUCUGAUUUCAACUUUGUAUUAAGAGACACAGAGCAAAGUCGUACAUUUAUAAUAAUGAUAAUAAUAUGCAGUGUGUGUUUAUUUCAGUAAUAAAACAUUGUACAUUUUUGGCAAGUAUUGUGUAAUUGAAGUGUGAUAUUUUUACACAAGUUUGUUUUUCAACAAGAAUAAAUUUCGUUUUGCAAAAAAAAGCUAAUUUGUUUGUAA